AUGCCAAAUGACGCCGUUUUGGAUCCUAUUGUUCAUCAUCUGUUGGCUGAAGACCGGUUCAACAGGGGAAAAAUCCGGCAGAUCAUGAACAGGGGAAAUUCCAGCAAACCACGGCCACUACACCACGAUGCCGUUUCUGAAGCCCACGAUCUCUCGCCUCCACGAUGCUCGCCAUUUCUGGAGGCAGGGACACAAGACUUUCUCUGGCUUUAUAAAAGCCGGAGAAAAGCCUCAAAAAAGAACAACAAAGAACCAAAGACUAUUGACAACCGGCAUCACCAUUGUCUACUUUCCUUCAUCUCAAAACCAGAGGAGACGGAACGCAAUCAAAGAAAGAAGCAGAAGGAAAGAACACAAGCAGAGGAAAGUCACCGAGACCGUUGCUACUGCCUUCGGCGUUUCCAGAACCAAGAGAGAAAGCAAAGGAAGACAGAAAGAAGGAACGAGGCGUUGCCUAACCAGUGCACUAAUCACCCGCAGCUUCGUCUUCGUUGUCAAACACACCAGACCAGCCUGGUUAUGGGAACCAAUAAAGAACGUAUUGAGCAACUAGAAAUUGCACUCGGUGAAGUCCAAGAUGGACUACACAGAAUGGAGAUCCAUAUGGCUGAUAGACAUCGCCAACUGGAGGAAACCCUCAAUCAUCUCUCUGAUGUAUUGCUUGCUAACCAGGAACCUACAACUCAUGGAGAUGAUCCAACCGAAUGGUUCAAUAGAGUAAACCAAUUUUUUGAGUUUCAGAAUACUGCUGAAACACAAAAGGUAUCUUUGGCAUCCUACCAUUUGGAAGGGGAAGCAAAUCAAUGGUGGCAGUGGAUUCGCAGAAAUUUCCAAGAUGAGGGACGUGCUAUUGCUUGGGUGAAUUUUGAAGAUGAACUUUGGGCUCGCUUUGGACCAUCAGAGUGUGAAAAUUUUGAUGAAGCUCUUUCAAGAAUCAGACAAACUGGAUCCUUGCGUGAAUACCAGCGAGAAUUUGAACGGCUAGACAAUCGGGUCAGAGGUUGGACACAAAAGGCUUUAGUGGGAACUUUUAUGGGUGGUUUGAGGUCGGAUAUAUUAGAUGGCAUUCGUAUGUUUAAGCCACAAACAUUAAAGGAUGCUAUCAGCUUUGCACGAAUGAAGGAUGAUCAGCUCCUGAGACAGAGGAAGUUCAUACGUCCCGCACCACCGGUACGAGCUUCUCUAGCCCUUUCACCAUCAACAACACAUGUGGCACCGAUAAGACGUUUGAGCUGGGAUGAAAUGCAACGGAGACGACUUCAAGGAUUAUGUUUUAAUUGUAAUGAAUGUUUCACAGCAGAGCAUAGAUGUCAGGGAGCAAAAUUGCUAAUGCUAGAAGGCCAUGAUGAAGAUGAUGAAGCUGUCCGUGACAACAUCCACGACAAACAUCAUGCUGCAGAGCACCUUGAGGAAUUUAUGGAACCUGAGAUUACGUUACAUGCAUUAACAGGAUGGACUGCACCCAAAACCAUGCGAGUAACAACCAAAAUUGGUUCUCAUGCCAUCUUCACACUAAUUGAUAGUGGGUCCACACAUAACUUCAUCAGUGAGCAAAUGGCAAACUUACUGCGUCUACCAGUGGUAUCUACUAAGGCGUUCACAGUACGGGUAGCAAAUGGAAAGAAUCUCAAGUGUCAAGAAAAGUUCAACGAGGUUCAGGUAGACCUACAAGACUCUAUUUUUUCCUUAACACUAUAUUCUCUACCAAUCACAGGGCUGGAUUUAGUGCUGGGAAUUCAAUGGCUGGAGUUACUCGGGUCUGUGGUUUGCAACUGGAAACAGUUAACCAUGAAAUUCUUUUGGGAAAAUAAAGCCGGACGGUUGGAAAGGAUAGACGACCAUGAGAUUCAAGUAGCUACAUUUAAAGAAAUCUCAAAAGAUGUUUGUUCUAGUGGUGCCAUAUAUGCCUUUUGUUUACAGAUCACUAUGCAGGAUACACAGGGUGGCAUUCAACCUAGCAUGCAAGGAGUGUUACACGAAUUUUCUGAUGUCUUUAUGGAGCCUUCCAGUUUACCACCUUCCAGACAGAUUGACCAGAGUAUUCCUUUGAAGGAAGGCACUGCACCGGUGAAUGUACGUCCAUAUCGCUAUGCUCAUUAUCAGAAGGAGGAGAUUGAGAAACAAGUCCAAGAAAUGCUAAACUCCGGACUUGUUCAACCUAGCACUAGUCCUUUCUCAUCACCGGUCAUCUCGGUUAAGAAGAAGGAUGGUAACUGGCGCUUUUGCACAGACUAUCGUGCACUCAACGCUGCCACAAUUAAAGAUAGGUUUCCAAUUCCCACUGUUGAAGACAUGUUGGAUGAACUCUAUGGUGCAUCCUACUUUACCAAGCUUGAUUUACGGGCUGGUUACCAUCAAGUCAGAGUAAGUCCUCCUGAUAUACCAAAAACUGCAUUCAGAACACAUAAUGGACAUUAUGAGUACUUGGUUAUGCCUUUUGGCUUAUGCAAUGCGCCAUCUACAUUCCAAGCUAUUAUGAAUUCAAUCUUUCGUCCACAUCUUAGAAAAUUCAUCUUGGUUUUCUUUGAUGAUAUCUUGGUUUAUAGUAAUACAUGGGAACAUCAUUUAGAACAUGUCCAGCAAACCUUGUCCAUACUACGACAACACCAAUUCUUUGUCAAGCGGAGUAAAUGUGCUUUUGGGCAACAGGAGCUGGAAUAUUUGGGACACAUAGUCACAAAUCAUGGAGUGAAAGUAGAUGUCAGAAAGCCAAUAUGGUGUUCUUGCUCGGCCUCUCACCAACCUCCUCAAAAAAGGCCAGUAUGUUUGGGUGAUAAGGCGGAGUCUGCGUUCAUUGCACUCAAGCAUGCCAUGACCACUACUCCUACACUCGCCAUGCCCAAUUUCAACGACUCAUUUACUAUUGAGAAUGAUGCUUCUGGUGAAGGCAUUGGUGCUGUGUUGUCGCAACAAGGUAAACCAGUGGCAUUCAUGAGCAGGGCACUUGGUGUCACUAAACUAUCUUGGUCUACAUACGCCAAAGAAAUGUUGGCUAUCAUUGAGGCUAUCCGUUUAUGGCGUCCUUACCUUCUGGGUAAGAAAUUUUUUAUUCAAACUGAUCACCGCAGCCUUGAGUAUCUCUUGGAGCAGCGAAUCGUCACACCAGAACAACAAAAGUGGGUCGCCAAACUUCUAGGCUACGACUACGAAAUAUUAUACCGCCUAGGGCGUGAAAAUUUUGCAGCAGAUGCACUGUCCAGGAAACCCGGCAGUCCCGUUCUUAACCAUCUAUUUAUUCCACAGGUUAGUCUAUGGGAAGAUAUCAAACACGCCGCAACAACUGAUCACUAUAUCCAGACGAAAGGUCGUUUGGCCAAUGAACAACCUGAAGGACAGUAUAAGUGGCGUCAUAGGCUGCUCUUCUAUAAAGGGAAAGUUGUUGUUCCUGCUGAUAACUCCUUACGCGCUCGUUUACUCCACGAAAUGCAUGACACCAAAACAGGUGGGCAUUCUGGCAUCUUACGCACAUUCAAGAAAUUGAGCCAACAGUUCUACUGGCCUUGGAUGCAUCGAUCAGUGGACGAGUAUAUUAAAGGAUGUGAAGUGUGGGAUGAUAUUUCAUUGGACUUUAUUGAGGGACUACCCACGUCUCAAGGCAAAGAUGCAAUUAUGGUGGUUGUUGACAGGUUCAGCAAAUCAACUCAUUUUCUUCCAUUAACUCAUCCCUUUACUGCUAAAACGGUGGCUGACAAGUUUGUAGAGGGAAUUAUCAAGCUUCACGGCAUGCCCAUUUCUAUUAUCAGUGUCCGCGAUCCCAUUUUUGUUAGUAAAUUCUGGCAAGAAUUCUUCAAGUUGUCGGGCACCAAAUUGAAGCUUAGUUCUGCGUACCAUCCACAAACUGACGGACAGACGGAGGCGUUGUAUGGUUGUCUACCCCCAUCCAUUCCAUUGUACACUGAAGGCCUCUCGGCUAUACAUGAAGUUGAUCAACAUUUGUUACAUCGCGAUGCCUUGCUUAAACAACUCAAGACCAACUUAGAAGUUUCAGUUAAUCGUAUGAAGCAAAUGGCAGAUCGCAAAUGUAGGGAUGUUUCGUUUGAGCUAGCCAGUCGUUAUUAUGGUCCUUACUUGGUUCUGGAAAAAUGUGGGCCUGUCGCUUACAAGUUACAACUACCUGCUCACUCGCGGAUCCAUCCCGUUUUUCAUGUGUCUUUGUUGAAACCUUUCCAUACCACUGCAGGGCAAACUGCUCCCCAUCAGACCGAGUUACCACCAGUCGCUGAUGACGGAGUGGUAAUUUUAGAGCCUCAGACGAUUUUGGAUACUCGUUGGAUCAAACAUGGGGGCCACCUUGUUGAGGAGAGCUUGGUUCACUGGAAAAAUCUUUCCACUGAUGAUGCCACUUGGGAGCCGACUGACCAGUUGCUCGCUAAAUUCUCGCCUACCAUCCUUGAGGACAAAGAUAUUCUUCCUGGGGGAAGUAAUGAUAGGCCACGACGUUCAACUCGUGGCCUCAAACCAAAUCUCAAAUAUCUGUAA